AUGCUCAUCGAUAUAUCACCCAUUUAUAUAAUUCGUCUUAUUCUAACUUCAUCUAUAUUCAAGUUAGCAGAGCAAAAACUAAUUGGUUUUCCAACAAAUACCACUGCUACCGUUCAUCUUAAGUCAUUUAAAAGUUUUAUUUGUGACGAUACAAGUAUUAAUCGGUUUCCGAUUUCAUCGACAAUACCAUCAAAUGAUUCAUUUGAUACAUAUCGCAAAAUUGCUUUAGAAAAAUAUUGCGAUAUAGAUAUUGCAUUUGUUAUUUUUACAUCUUCUAAUUUUUUUCAUACACGAGCAACAGCAACACGUGAUACAUGGCUUUCACGUAUAACAAAUUAUUAUUUUCUUAGUGCAACCCCUUAUCUCUAUCUACCUGUCACUAUUGUUCCUGGUGCUGGUGAAGAUAAAUUAUCAAAUAUGAAAAAACUUUUUUAUGUUCUUCAAAUAAUUUAUCAACAACAAAUGAAUCUUUCUGUCGAUCAGCGACAAAAAUGGUUUUAUAUAGCUGGUUGUGAUACAUUUAUUCUUCCUCAUCAUUUAAUUAAACGUCUUGAUGGUUUGGAUUACAGAAAACCAACUCGUGUUGGUGGUCAUUGGGGAUGUUGUGAAUGCCCGGGGCCAAAGGGAGCAACAUUUAGAGCUGAGUUUCCAUCAAGUGGUGCCGGAUUCUUUUUUAGCAUAAGAUUACUUGAAAUAAUGCAACCACAUCUAACAAAUUAUAUUGAAAAUGUUUGGCCGCGUACAUCUGAAUUAUCGGAUGUGGCACUUGCUUGUCUUGCUACUCAAUUAGGUAUUCAACUAACAAAAAGAGUUGGAUUUUGGGCACAUCCACCAGAAUUUACAUUAGCAGAAAAUAAGCGUAGAAAAUUUCAUAAAGAGUCUGAACCAAAUGAUUUUCACUAUAUUCAACCUGAUGAAAUGUAUGCACUUGAUGAAUUCUAUGUUAAUCAACAU